AUGCUCACUCGUGGGAGGUCUGUUGACAGACCAAGCAAACCCGAUGAAAUAUUGGCUGUGAUUCGCCCCACUGUUGUUUGCCCGAGGGCAGGAAUAGUGAUAGCUCUAGAAGCGUCUAUCUAUCUAUCUAUCUAUCUAUCUAUCUAUCUAUCUAUCUAUCUAUCUAUCUAUCUAUCUAUCUAUCUACCUACCUAUCUCAGUCAAUUCAUAUCUCUCUCAGUCGAUUUAUAUCUAUCUAUCCCACCCUUUCAGUUAUAUCUCUUUCUCUCUCUCUCUCUCUAUCUAUCUCAGUCUAUUCAUAUAUAUCUAAAUAUCUAUCUCACUCUUUCUAUUAUCUCUUUCUUUCUUUCUUUCUUUCUUUCUUUCUUUCUCUAUCUAUCCCACCCUAUCCGUUAUCUCCCCGCUCUCUCUCUCUCUAUCUAUCUUUCUACCUCAAUCAGUAUCUAUCUAUCUAUCUAUCUAUCUAUCUAUCUAUCUAUCUAUCUAUCCCAAUCAGUAUCUAUUUAUCUAUCUUAA